GAGGCCGCCGGCGCUGGCCCCGUGUCCUCCAGCGAGGUCGUCCCCGCGGGCUGGAACCUCUGCACCGUGGUUGGGGUGCUGCUGGGCUACCCGGCGGCGUACGCCUUCUCCGCGGAGGACGGCGCCGAGAACUGCCUGGCGCUGACGCCGCUGAGGGUGUUCACGGUCCGGGCCUGCUGCCCCGGGCUCAGGGACGGUCUCGGGGUGCAGAUCUACUCCUUCAGCGUCCCGGAGAGCCUCUGCGCGGAGCUGGGGGAGGCGCUGGACGCCUGGCGCCGGGAGCUGGAGGAGGCUUUCCGUGCGCAGAGCGACUUUGUGGACCUCCGCAUUUCGAGCGAGGUGGUGUCUCUGCCGGCGGUUGCCUUGUGA